AUGUUAUUUAAUCUAAUCAUUGUACUCAUUAUAGUCUAUUUUACAUGUAAACUGUAUCUUUAUUAUAUUUUUCGUAAUAAAUAUUGGAUUUGGGAUGAUGGUGCCGAGGAUAAACGUCAUAAAAUAGAUACAAAUGAUUUGCAUUUUCCUGCUUAUUUUCUUUGGGGUACAUCCUCUGCUUCCUAUCAGUGCGAAGGUUAUGGUGAUCUUGGGAAAGUUGAUUCCAAUUGGUCAGACUGGGAAGCAAAAACAAAUCCAGAAACCGGAUUACCACGAAUAAAACGUGGUCAAAAGUGUGGAAAUUCAGUUGAUCACUAUAAUAGAAUCGAAGAAGAUAUCGGUUUAAUGAAAGAAUUGGGAUGUAACAGUUAUCGAUUUUCUUUAGCGUGGGAUAAAAUUGAAUCUUACCAAGGCAAAUACAAUGAAAAAGUAAUACAACAUUAUCACCAUGAAUUAGAUCAAUUGUUAAAUCAAAAUAUCGUUCCAAUGAUCACAUUUCAUCAUUUUACACAUCCUUUAUGGUUUGAACAGAAUGGUGCAUUCUUGAACGAAUCAAAUGUCGCUAUAUUCGUUAAAUUUGCUCUUGACAUGUUUCAAGAGUAUCAGACGAAAUGUUAUCUAUGGUGUACCAUCAAUGAACCCGAAGUCUAUGUUAGUGGUGGCUAUUUUCAAGGUAUGUUUCCUCCUGGACAUAAAUCAAAACCGGAUGAAGCAUCGCUCGUUAUGAAACAUUUAUUAGAAGCUCAUGUCCGAAUCUAUGACAAUAUUAAAAAAAUAUCUUCCUCAUCCAGCAAACAUCAAAUUGGUAUUGUUAAAGAUAUAUUUCAAUUUGAGCCCUAUAAUCCGUUGAAUCCGUUAGAUCACUAUCUUGCCAGUAUUCUCGAUAAUAGUAUGAACAGUUGUAUACUGAAUUUUUUCAAAACUGGCAAAUAUGUAUGGAAUAUGCGUGGUUCACAACGUUUAGAAUACUCAAAUAUAAAAGCCAUAAACUCAAAUGAUUUUUUUGGUUUAAAUUAUUAUAGUCAUUUUCAUGUCAAAUUUCAAUUCAAUUUGAAACAACCGUUCAAACUUGUACAUCAAUCAAAUAUUCUCAUGACUGAUAUGUCACAUCCAAUAUAUCCUGAAGGAAUCUAUCGUGCGUGUAUGAGAGUGAGAAAUGAAUUAGGAAAUAUUCCGAUUUACAUAACUGAAAAUGGUAUUGCUGAUGAAGCAGAUGAUCGUCGCCAUUUGUAUCUAAGACGGUAUUUGUACGCCAUUAGCAAAGCAAUCAAAGAUGGUUGUGAUAUUAGAGGAUACUAUUAUUGGAGUUUAUUAGAUAAUUUCGAAUGGGCAGAGGGUUAUGACAUGAAAUUUGGUCUAUAUCAUGUUGAUUUGAAAACUCAAAAACGCAUACUGCGUGAUGGCUCGAAAUAUUUUCGAGAAGUUAUUAAGAAAUAUAUUUAA